CUGCGUCUGCGCAGAUGUGAGGCGCGCCGGGGAGGCUGGAGCGGUUUCUUCUCAGGCGGCGCCAUUUUGUGGUAAGAGCCGCGAUUCAAAACCGACCCGGUUCUGUGUGAAGUGAGCGACGGAACCAAGGGUCUCUGGCAUGGCGGAGACUCUGUCGGGCUUAGGAGAUUCGGGAGCGGUGGCUGUGAGCUCCGCUUCCUCCGAGACCGGGACGCGGCGGCUCAGCGACCUGCGGGUCAUCGACCUGCGUGCGGAGCUGAAGAAACGGAACCUGGACUCGAGCGGCAACAAGAGCGUCCUGAUGGAGCGGCUGAAGAAGGCCAUUGAAGAUGAAGGUGGGAAUCCUGAUGAAAUUGAGGUCACAUCUGAAGGAAGCAAGAAGACAUCCAAGAGACCCAGCAAAGGGCGGAAACCAGAAGAGGAGGGUGUGGAAGAUAACGGACUUGAGGAAAAUUCUGGGGAUGGACAGGAGGACGUGGAGACCAGCCUGGAGAACCUACAGGACAUGGACAUGAUGGACAUCAGUGUGCUUGAUGAGGCCGAAAUCGACAAUGGCAGUGUGGCAGACUGUGUGGAGGAGGAGGAGGAGGAGGUGGACACACUUCCUGAGUCCCUGUCUGACAGCAGGGAGCUGGUGGACAGCGAGAUGAAGGAGCUUCCAGAACAUCUUCAGGAGCAUGCUGUAGAAGACAAAGACACCAUUAACAACUUAGACUCAUCUGACUUCACCAUCCUACAGGAGAUGGAGGCGCCAUCUCUGGAGCCAGAAAAUGAGAAAAUACUCGACAUUUUGGGGGAAACUUGUAAAUCUGAGCCAGUAAAAGAAGAAGGUUCCGAGCUGGAGCAGCCCUUUGCACAGGAUACAAGUAGCGUGGGGCCAGACAGGAAGCUGGCGGAGGAAGAGGACCUAUUUGAAAGCUGCGGCCACCCAGAAGAGGAAGAGGAAGAAGAAGAAGAGCAGGAGGAGCAAGAGGAGGAGGGAGAGUUAGCUUUGGCCAGCGAGUCACCGCGCGCUCGGCCUCAGUGGAGCGAGGCAGACACCCCGUUAGCAGUAGUGAAAAGGGAGCCCGCCGAGAAGCCGGGUGAAGGCGAAAGCGGAGGCCCCAGCGUGGAGCGCGAGUCUGUAGGGCUGGAGGAGCCAGAGGGGCAGAGUAGCGCGGCCCCCGAGCUCACUGAGGCUGCUAGCCAGGAGCUGGCUUCGGAAGCGCCCGCGGCAGCGCCCAGCCCCGAACCCCGAGAUAGCAAAGAAGACGUGAAGAAGUUUGCUUUUGACGCUUGUAAUGACGGCCCUGCGGCUCCUAAAGAGUCCUCAGCCAGUGAGGGCGCUGAUCAGAAAAUGAGUUCUGUUGAAGAUGACUCGGACACGAAAAGGCUUUCCCGAGAGGAAAAGGGUCGUAGCAGUUGUGGUAGAAACUUCUGGGUUAGUGGUCUUUCUUCAACGACCAGAGCCACAGAUUUGAAGAACCUUUUCAGCAAAUAUGGGAAGGUGGUGGGUGCCAAGGUUGUGACGAAUGCCCGGAGUCCUGGGGCUCGUUGUUAUGGCUUUGUCACCAUGUCCACUGCAGAAGAAGCAACCAAGUGCAUCAGCCACCUGCACAAGACAGAGCUGCAUGGGAAAAUGAUUUCCGUGGAGAAGGCCAAAAGUGAGCCUGCUGGCAAGAGAGCCCCAGACAGGAGGGACAGUGAGGGCAAGAAAGAGAAACCCAGCACUAGUGACAGAUCUUCGAACCUGAAACGAGAUGAGAAAGGCGACAGAAAAGACGAUGCCAGAAAGGGGGAUGAUGGAGGUGGAGAAAAGAGUAAAGACUCAGAUGACCAGAGACCUGGCCCCUCGGAGCGGUCACGAGCCACGAAGUCAGGAAGCCGUGGCACUGAGCGUACCGUGGUCAUGGACAAGUCCAAAGGGGUGCCUGUCAUCAGCGUGAAGACAUCUGGAUCCAAAGAGAGGGCCUCCAAAAGCCAGGACCGCAAGUCCGCCAGCAGGGAGAAGCGGUCCGUCGUAUCCUUUGAUAAAGUGAGAGAGCCGCGCAAGUCCAGAGACUCUGAGUCCCGGAGGGAGCGGGAGCGCAGCGAGCGGGAGCGCAGCGAGCGGGAGCAGCGGCUACAAGCACAAUGGGAGCGUGAGGAACGCGAGCGGCUUGAGAUUGCCCGUGAAAGGCUAGCCUUUCACCGGCACCGGCUGGAGCGCGAACGCAUGGAAAGGGAACGCCUGGAACGAGAGCGCAUGCACGUGGAGCAGGAACGUCGCCGUGAGCAGGAGCGCAUCCACCGUGAGCGUGAGGAGCUGCGGCGCCAGCAAGAGCUGCGCUAUGAACAGGAGCGGCGGCCUGCAGUGCGGAGGCCCUAUGACGUGGAUGGCCGGCGUGAUGACACUUACUGGCCAGAAGCCAAGCGGGCUGCCAUGGAUGAGCGCUACCACUCUGACUUUAGCCGCCAGGACCGUUUCCAUGACUUUGACCACAGAGACCGGGGCCGCUACCCCAACCAUUCUGUGGACAGGAGAGAAGGUUCACGGUCAAUGAUGGGAGAAAGAGAAGGACAGCAUUAUCCUGAACGACAUGGGGGACCUGAGCGCCAUGGGCGGGACUCACGUGACAGCUGGGGCUACGGCUCUGACAAGAGGAUGAGCGAGGGCCGGGGUCUGCCCCCUCCCCCCAGGGGCAGACGUGACUGGGGUGAGCACGGCCGGAGACUCGAGGAUGACCGCGCCUGGCAGGGCACUGCGGAUGGGGGCAUGAUGGACCGUGAACACAAGAGGUGGCAAGGUGGUGAGAGGAGCAUGUCUGGCCACUCAGGGCCUGGUCAUAUGAUGAACCGUGGUGGCAUGUCAGGGCGUGGCAGCUUUGCCCCUGGUGGGGCCUCGAGGGGACAUGUGAUUCCGCGUGGAGGAAUGCAGGGUGGCUUCGGGGGACAGAGCCGAGGCAGCAGGCCCAGCGACGCCCGCUUCACCCGCCGCUACUGAGUGUGCCCCACCUCCCCAAGCUAGCCCUUGAUCUGCCAGGACUCACCUUCAUGUGUACAAACAAUAUUUUUUUUUUAAUCUGCUGCCAUAUUGUAGCUCGAUACAAUGUGAAUGUUUUGUUUUCAGUUUCUUUGGGUUUUUGUAAUAAAUGUGUUUCUGUUCACAUA